AUGAACUCCAAAACGAUUAUAUUUAGCCCUUUAGAUUUUCCUGCCAAUGCUAAUAUAGUUGUCCAACACGAUGAAUUGCCUCUCGUGACAAACGAAUUGUCGGUAACUCUGCGAUUGAAUCUUCAGAGUCAUAAUCCAGGUUGGAUUGAUAUAUUUCAGAAAGGCGAAGGUUUAGAAAUCCGUAGUCCCAGCCUUUGGCUAACACCGAAUGUCUCGCAACCAACUCCUAGGUUCUCUACAAAUAUUGAAGGGAAUUCUGGAAUUAGUGCAAUCGGCGAUGGAUUUAUUCUAAAUAAAUGGUACCAUAUAAGCUACACACUUUCAGAACCCCAUAAACGCGCGGAUUUCUAUGUAGACGGAAAAUGGGUUGGAUUCAAGAGCAUUGAACACGUUCAGACACAAUACAUUGUGUUCAACAAAGAACCGUUGAAAAUAGGGCAGAAUGCCACGUUUACUGGGAGAAUGAGAUUGCGACAUAUGACACAUACAAAUGAGCCAUAUUGUCACAUUUUACUAUUGACAUCAAAUGUGGGAAUUGAGCCUUUUUAA